AUGGAGGACUCCAUCAAGGUCAUGCUCCAGGAGCACAACACAAGACUCCUCUACAGCUACCAGAACAACAGCUCUGUUACCUUGUGGAUGUCGGCCAUCUUGACUGGGGCUGUGGUUGGGUUCCAAUGCACUGGGUUUGAGAUCAACUCAAUGCUGCAGACCUACCCACGAGAUAGAGCCUGGUGGAGGGGAAAAACAUAUACUAAGGCCAAUUUUGUCAGCAAGGAUUUCUGGAAGACGGAUCUAUCACGAUACAACAACGUGACUGUAUUUAUGGCCCCCGCAGUGAUGGAAGUUCUAGAGAAGAAGCUGCUGAAGGAGCUUUCUGAGGAUGCCAGGGUGGUGGUGUGUCGCUUCCACUUCCCUCAUUGGCCACACAACUGCUCCAAGGGGGCGGGGUUAAACCAGGUGUGGGCCUAUGAUGUCAGCACUGUCCGCAAGCCCUAUCCUUCAGUGUCUCAAUAG